AUGGCAACAUCUUCACUUGAUUUGUUCCAACGUGUGUUUAUAGGGGAUGACGGGUACAAUUUGAUGAUUGAGAUAAGUCGUGGGGUCUCCAUAGAUUCUCUAGACUUUGUUCAAGAUUGUAUCACUUUUUAUGAAGCGCACAAACAAACUCUUCACUUUCUUACCUUUCUAAUUCAUUCAGAGCUCUUGACAACGACUAACGGGACUAUGUUCCGUGGCAAUUCCUUUUGUUCGCGAUGCCUGAUGACAUACACAACAAUGACUUCUGCCAAUCAGUACGUUACUUCCUUCUUAAAAGAUCCAAUGCAAAAAGUUCUCUCCGGGCAGUUCGGUGCACUCGAAUUGAAUCCCGACUACGCCACUCAGCCGCUUGAUAAAACAGCCGACUUACUCAAACAAAUUGUCGCCGCAUUUAUUGACGCAUUUAUAGACUCCGCUGAGUUAUGGCCAGAGACUUAUAGAUACUUAUGCUACGUGUUAUUCACCGAAGCAGAACAAGCACAUUUGAAGCCUUUGCAAUGCGUCGGCGGCUUUCUAAUACUUCGCCUGAUAUGUCCUGCCAUCAUGCAGCCCAAUAAGUCAGGCUUCUGCCAAGAAAAGCCGAGUGAGGAGAUCACCCGUGGGUUGGUCACUAUCUGCAAAAUGAUACAAAACAUCGCAAACGACACCGUCCCACAUGAACCACAUUUAAGAUGCUUAGAAGAGUUUUUAGAGGACCAAAGCCUCAAGUUGGCAAUUGCUUUGACGGGGAUUUCCUCCGUGCGGCCGACAAAAUUCUCAUUUUUGAGUUUCAGUGAUAAAGAGCUUGACAAGAGUAUCAACGGGAUUAUUACUAUGUGGAAAAACAACAUCAAAAACGUCGACAGCUAUUUACAAGAAAAAAGCUCUGAGGAGUACAAAGAACUCGCGCGAGCUGUUUUGAAGUAUAACACCAAAAGUUACUUCAAACGCAAAAGCAUCAUGAAAAAGAAGAAGAAGGAGGAAAUAGCCAUUUCGACGUUAUUUGCGUUAUCAAAGAACUCGAAUGGGUCGGUUAGCGAGAUGCAAACGGUACUCAAGAAGUACCCGGAAGUGAUCGAUUGCACUGAUGUCGAUAUGAUGACUCCACUCCAAUACGCGUGUGUUAUGAAGAACGUUCCCAUCGCAAUUUUUCUUAUUAAAAAUGGAGCAAGUCUCUUUUUGAGAGACUCGAUGGGGUGCACGGCACUUCACUAUGCAUGUAUGAGUAAUUUGACCGACGUCUUAAAAGAAAUGCGCGAGGCGGACUUUUUGAGUGUCGGGGAAAUCGACGAAUUGGGCAAUACGUGUUUACACUAUUUAGCUAAACACGAGUUCAGACCUUUCCAUAUCGACUUUUUGCAGUAUUUGGUGAGCAAAGACUCUGCUAUACUUUCCAUCGCAAAUUUCAACGGAGACAUUCCACUGCAUGUCGCCGUCGAAACUGCACUGAAAGAUCACGAAAUGGGACCAUCGACUAUUUCAGCACUCGUUAAAUUUGGGUCGAACUUCGAGACGCCUAAUUUGAAAAAACAGACUCCACUUGGGAGAGUGCAAGAUAAAGGAAGAAGUGAUUUGGAAAUACUUAUGAUGAGUCAAGACGUUAUUAAAGUCGCUGAGUUUGUACCAUUACCAAGUACUGCAGAAACAAGAAUGAGGUCAAAUUCAUGCGAGAAAAAGGGUAAAAAAAGAACAUCUAUUCUGCUCCACAGAUCACCGGCAUCACCAAGACUGUUGGCAGCAUACCAGAAUAGAACUAGCUUCACUAAAUCGUCUUCGCCUUUACUCGGACAGGCCAAGUAG